ACGUACAAGUGCUCUCCUGCAUUCAGAUCAGAUAAUACCGGAGUGGCAGAAUCUCGUCUCUCCAAGGAUCUAAGAGCAUCAAAUCGCAGUUCCCUUCAGUUUCCGUCGCCGUGGCCUCAGGGUGGUCCGUUCCUAGACGGACAUGCGACAGCCGCCGUGCCUCGCGGCCUCGGGAUCGACGAUCCUUAGAGCCUCAUUGGCUUCGUUACUAGCACUCGCGGUCUUCUGCUUCUAUUGGUUCCCAUUCAACCACCCGUCCAGCCAGAUACUAGACUCCGCAACCCUAAUUUCCUCCCAGGAGAAAACUCAAGUGCCUCUUUCAGACGACGCCAAGCCGACUGAAAAGGGCUCGCAGAAACAGCCUGAGGUCGCUCAGGCGGUUACAACAGACUGCGAUCUGUACGAGGGCCAAUGGGUGAGGGACACGUCACGGCCUCGCUAUUAUCGCGGGGAGGAGUGCGCGUGGUUGAGAUACUGGGAGCAGUACCAGUGCCACCGCACGCACAGAGCGCGCAGCAGGGAGGGAAGGGGGACGGAAAACGGGCAUGGGGCUGAUGGGAGUGGAAAGCGGCGGGAGCGGCGGCAACAAGAGAAUUCAGCGGGGUCGAGUGGAUCUAGAGACGUAGGGGAUGAAAAUUCCCGAGUCGCUCGUAGUUGGAGCGAGCAGGAACAGCGGCGGGAAGGGCAGGAGGAGGAGCCAGAGGAGGAGCAGGAGUGGGGGCAGGAGGGGGAGCUGUAUCGCAGCUUUGGGUAUGAGGAAUACCGAUGGCAGCCUGGAGGGUGCUCGCUGCCUGCUUUCCAUGCAGCCGGUUUUCUCAGCAGGUUGCGGCAUCGCACCAUUGUGUUCGCAGGCGACUCUCUCAGCCAGCAGCAGUUCCUCUCCCUCCUCUGCCUCCUCGCCCCCGCCCCCCGCUUCAUCCCCCUCCCCUCCCCCCCUCCGCCUCACCUCCCCGUCCUUUCUCCCUCCUCCCCUCUCUCUCAGCCAUCCGACCUGAAAGGGCCUCGUGCCUCUGAAUCCGACCCGUCUCAGCCACAACAACCCCUUGAUGCCGCCAUUGGUGCAACCCUUGGUGCGGCUCAUAAUGCCACUCCUGCCGAGCACCCCGGUUCCUCUGGAGCAGCACAGGGAGCAGCACAGGGAGCAGCAGAGGGAGCAGGGGCGGUGGCGGUGGUGGCGGUGGGGCAGCUGUUCAACCUGACGUGGGCGAGGCGGCCCACAGCGGGCACGGAGAGGGGCGCCGCCUUCUGGUUGCCGCACGCCAACCUCACAGUGCUGCAGCGCACCGCCAACUGGCUCGUGCACGUGGAGCGCGCGGAGACGGGCGUGGAGAGGGGCGAGAGCAGCAGAGGACACGAGGGUGGACCUGCCGGUAGCAGCGGUUAUGGGGGCAGCGGGGGUGACACCAGCAAGAGUACGGACAGCAGCAGAAGCAGCAGCAGCAGCGGUGGCAGUGGCAGUGGCAGUGGCAGUGGCAGUGGCAGUGGCAGUGGCAGUGGCAGUGAGCGCAGCAGCACGGCAGCAGCGGCAGGGCAGUACAAGCGCAUACUCCACGCGUACCGCCUGGAUGCCUUCCUGCAGCAACACCUCAUGCGAUUCGACCUCCUCGUGCUCAGCACCGGGCCCCACUGGACCAAGGACAGCUUUCAGCGCUACAAGCUCGCCAUCCAAACAUCUCCCACCAGCCGCCCAGCCCUGCUGUCCGCCGCCCAAUCAGAAAACGCCACGCUGUACUCUGUGUUGCGACAGGCAGCCCUGACAACUGUCAUGGGCGGGAUAGCGUCUGCUAUAGCCACAAGGCGUGGUGCAGGCCUCGCUGCUCGCACUGGCACACGACCCACCAGUCAAAAACAAGAACCAGGGGAUUCUCGCGUGCCGCAGAGCGCCAGCACGGAACCUGCUGUGCAAGGCUCCCCCUAUGGCAUGGGCGACCCAGCCAUGAGCGCCUCAGCACAUGCAAGUGACCCUCACAUGGGCCCGUCCCUGGUGCUGCUGCGCACGCUGUCCCCGUCGCACUUCACUGCUGGCACAUGGAGCUCAGGGGGGCGAUGCGACAGGUUCCAGGACCCGUUGCCAGCAGCCGAUGCAUGUGCGGGGACUGGGCAAUGCAGGGACACAGCAGCAGAGGAAGCCAUCCGUGCAGCAGCACGGGUGGUGAGAGCAGUGGCAGCAGAUGGUGCAGAGGCCGCAGGAGCAGAGGCUGCAGGAGCAGCAGCCGCAGGAGCAGAGGCUGCAGGAGCAGCGGCCGCAGGAGCAGAGCCAGCAGCAUCAACAGUUGUUGAAGGGAUGGGGCUAACAAAUACUCUGAAGGGAGUUAAGGGAGCAGCAGAGGGUGCAUCGGGCCAUUCCGUGACGUGGUUACGCUUGCUGAACGUCUCCUUCCUUUCUGCUCUGAGGGCUGAUGCACACGUGGCCUCUUUCUACACCUACCGCAAACCACCAAAACAGAAACUUGAAGAGUUUAGAACCAACGGGACUGGAGCCAACUCCCAGUCAGGUACAGGGUCCAGCAGUGAGCAAUGGAGGAGCACACCUUCCCACCCAGCUGGGCUGUUAGGUGCCAAGUCUAAUGUUACAGGGGACGCCCUGGGGAAUCCGAGGGAGGGGUUGUUUGGUGAUCGAGUGAGGAUGAUUGUGCAAGACUGUGUGCACUGGUGCCUACCCAGUGUGCCUGACACGUGGAACGAGUUGAUGUAUGCUGAGAUCAUUCGUUCUGUUGGAAAUAUCUCAAGGACUUAAGCGUUUCUGAAGUGUAACACUGUACUCGAGGAAGAUUACAGGGGAGCACGCGAGUCAACGGAGGUUACACGAGGGGGCGGACAAAGAAUACGAAAGGACCCGAAAGGUCGCAACUGGAGGUUGCGACUGACCGUUACAACAUCACGGAUGUGUAACACUGUACUCGAGGAAGAUUACAGGGGAGCACGCGAGUCAACGGAGGUUACACGAGGGGGCGGACAAAGAAUACGAAAGGACCCGAAAGGUCGCAACUGGAGGUUGCGACUGACCGUUACAACAUCACGGAUGUACAAGGGUUCAACUGCCUCAACUUCCGCUGCACUACUCCAAGUCUCAAGUCUCUACAGCUGGGACUUAGUCUCUGCAAAAGAUCCUAAGGGCUUUUCUCA